AUGCCGAUGCUAAUCGUUCUCACCGUGUUUGAACUUCUCGUUAUCUCGACGGCUCUCAUCUUUUGUGGAAAGAAAAAGAACAAGGCUCCAGUGAGUGUUCAGCAACCGCCAGUGAGACCAGUAACUUCCACAAUCUCUCCGAUUGUUCCUCAGACUCCUUUACCAGAGGAGCCAGCGAAAAAACCAGAGGAGAAGAAGGAAGAAGUCGAGAAGAAAGAAAAAUCAAAGAAGGAAGAAGAAAAGAAGGAGGAGAAAAAAUCAGAGAAGAAAGAAGAUAAGAAGUCGGAUAAGAAGAGUGAGGAUAAGAAGGCAGAUGAAAAGAAAUCAGAGAAAAAAUCCGAGGAAAAGAAGGAUGAAAAGAAGAGUGAGGAGAAGGAAAAGUCUGUAGAUAAGGCGGAAGAUAAGAAGAAGGAUAACGCUAAAAAAUCUGAAAAGAAGAGUGAGAAGAAGAAAUCAGAGAAGAAAAAGGAGGAAGAGAAGAAUGAUGAUGGGAAGAAGGAGGAUGAUAAGAAGGAGGAGAAGAAGGAGGAAAAGAAGGAAGAGAAAAAAGAAGAACCACCAAAAGUAGAAGUUAAUAGAGAUGAAGAAGUUAAAAAGGAAAGCUCCAAAAAAGAUGGAUCGAAGAAAGAGCCGAAAAAGGAUGCUCUUGUUGAGAAUCCAAUCAUUACGGAAGUUUCUGAUAGGGAUGAUAAGGACAAGAAGUGA